AUGGAGCAAUUCGAAUUCCAUCCCGCAUCCCAAAACCGCACCUGGACCCCCAUCGAACCAGGCGUAGACGAACUCAUCCUCAACCAAGACACCCAGACAGGCCGUCGAACAACCCUGCAGCGCUGGCAGCCCGGCGCGCGCAACAAGCAGGACGUUUUCGUGCAUGAUUAUGUUGAGGAGAUAUACAUGGCUGAGGGGGACUUGUACGACGAACAUCUGCAGCGGGGAUGGGAGAAGGGCGCUUAUGCGUACCGGAAACCCGGGAUGCGGCAUGGACCGUUUAGAAGUGAGGGUGGUUGUUUGAUGUUUAUUGUGUGUAUCCCUGUUGAUGAGGAGGGGAAGGAGUAG